GCGCGCGCGGGCCGGCGCUCGCCCCCUCCCCCAGGCUCGGCCGCCCCCUCCCCCCCUCUCCGCCCGCUCAGAGUGCAGAUGGCGGCCCCUGAGGUAGCUGGCCUUGGGGCCAGUGCCCCCAGUCCUUCGGAAUCCUCUACUUUAUGUGCUUCCAAGUCAGAUGAAGCUCUCCCAGAUGGCCUAAGCCCCAAAGACUCUGCCCAGAAACAGAAGAACUCAUCUCCACCGAGUACUGACUUUAAGACAGCAGAUUCAGAGGUAAACACAGAUCAAGAUAUUGAAAAGAAUCUGGACAAAAUGAUGACAGAGAGAACCCUGUUGAAGGAGCGUUACCAAGAAGUUCUGGACAAGCAGAGGCAGGUGGAGAAUCAGCUUCAAGUGCAAUUAAAGCAACUUCAGCAAAGGAGAGAAGAAGAAAUGAAGAAUCACCAGGAGAUACUAAAGGCGAUUCAGGAUGUGACCAUAAAACGGGAAGAAACCAAGAAGAAGAUAGAGAAGGAAAAGAAGGAGUUCUUGCAAAAGGAGCAGGACCUGAAAGCUGAGAUUGAGAAGCUCUGUGAGAAGGGCAGAAGAGAAGUGUGGGAAAUGGAACUGGAUAGACUCAAGAACCAGGAUGGUGAAAUCAAUCGGAACAUUAUGGAAGAGACGGAGCGGGCUUGGAAGGCUGAGAUCCUGUCACUAGAGAGCCGGAAGGAGUUGCUGGUGCUGAAACUGGAAGAAGCAGAAAAAGAAGCCGAGCUGCAUCUGACUUACCUCAAGUCAACUCCUCCAACCCUGGAGACAGUUCGUUCCAAACAGGAGUGGGAGACAAGACUGAAUGGAGUUCGGAUAAUGAAAAAGAAUGUUCGGGACCAGUUUAAUAGUCACAUCCAGCUAGUGAGGAAUGGAGCUAAGCUGAGCAGUCUUCCUCAGAUCCCUACCCCAACUCUGCCUCCGCCCCCCUCAGAGGCAGAUUUCAUGCUUCAAGUAUUUCAGCCCAGUCCCUCUCUGACCCCUCGGAUGCCCUUCUCUAUUGGGCAGGUCACAAUGCCUAUGGUCAUGCCCAGUGCAGAUCCUCGCUCUUUGUCUUUUCCAAUCUUGAACCCUGCCCUUUCCCAGUCCAGUCAACCAUCCCCACCUCUUCCUGGCUCACAUGGGAGAAAUAGCCCUGGCUUGGGUUCCCUGGUCAGCCCUCAUGGUCCACACAUGCCUCCUGCUGCCUCCAUCCCGCCUCCCCCAGGCUUGGGCGGGAUUAAGGCUUCUACUGAAACUCCCCGGCCCCAACCAGUAGACAAACUGGAGAAGAUCCUGGAAAAGCUGCUGACUCGGUUCCCACAGUGCAAUAAGGCCCAGAUGACCAACAUUCUUCAGCAAAUCAAGACAGCACGUACCACCAUGGCGGGCCUGACCAUGGAGGAGUUAAUCCAGCUGGUAGCUGCACGGCUGGCAGAGCAUGAACGGGUGGCAUCGAGCACUCAGCCACUUGGUCGGAUCCGGGCUUUGUACCCUGCUCCUCUGGCCCAAAUCAGUACCCCAAUGUUCUUGCCUUCUGCCCAAGUUUCAUACCCUGGAAGGUCUUCACAUGCGCCACCCACCUGUAAGCUGUGUCUGAUGUGUCAGAAACUUGUCCAGCCCAGUGAGCUGCACCCGAUGGCUUGCACCCACGCGCUACACAAGGAGUGUAUCAAAUUCUGGGCCCAGACCAACACAAAUGACACUUGUCCCUUUUGCCCAACUCUUAAAUGAUGGACCCGACUGGGGAGGAAGAAGAGGAGAAACCGAUGUGAACAGGAAACGCGGGUUCAAGAUUUCUAAAACUCUAUAUUUAUACAGUGACAUAUACUCAUGCCGUGUACAUUUUUAUUAUAUAGGGAAUGUGUGUAUAGAAAGUCUGUAUUCAAACGUCCGUAAUGAGAGUAUGUAUAUAAUGCA